GAUGAGAAUUCCAUUUCCUAAUUCAGAGAAACCUUUGGUGUGGACAUAAGUUUACAAGAAGAAUUCAAAAGAUUUAAAAGGACCUAGUCCAUUAAGAAAUCAUACUGCAGUUACUUAUUAAAAUAAAAUGUACAUAUUUGGAGGAAAGAAAAACUUAAUAUAACCUUAUUGUAAAUUAUGGAUAUUUGAUUUCUAAUCAGAAAGAAUGGAAUGAAGGAGAAGAUUGCAAAAUAAAUAAUAGUACU